AUGGUGCGGGCAGCUGGGGGCAAUGGAAGCGUUGGGCAGGGGGUUAUCUUUGUUCCUUUUUUUCUUAAUUCAGCUGUGCUUCCUGCCCGCUGCUACUCUCAUGGGUCACAAGAGUCAGAUGAAGAAUUUGAUGCUCGCUGGGUGACAUAUUUCAACAAGCCAGAUAUUGAUGCCUGGGAGCUCAGGAAAGGCAUAAACACACUGGUGGGUUACGACCUGGUCCCGGAGCCCAAAAUCAUCGAUGCGGCUCUGAGGGCCUGCAGACGGUUAAAUGACUUUGCCAGCGCUGUCCGCAUCCUAGAAGUUGUAAAGGACAAGGCAGGACCCCACAAGGAAAUCUAUCCUUACGUUAUCCAGGAGCUUAGACCAACUUUGAGUGAACUUGGAAUCUCCACUCCAGAGGAACUGGGCCUGGACAAAGCAUAAACCUUGUUGGUGCACUAGUCAAGCGUUUCACUGAUGCUACCUGACUGUACACGGUCACCUGGAAAGACAAAGUUCAAAUCUUACCUGAAAUAACUUCUUCCUUUAUUGAGUCACAAUGGAAGUGCUGUGAAGUCCGGCCUAAUAAAGGAAAAACUGGUUUGACUGACGUACCAGCA